UUGCUUAUCUGUGGCUUGGGGGUGAUGAAAAUCUCUUUAAAUACUUUGCAUUUCCCAUUUCUGCGCUCCGAUGUCUCCGCGUUCUUCUUAUUUUAUCAAUUCUGUCGUUGGUGCGGAGUCCAAGCCCUUUUCUCGAAUGCAGGAACCGGUACUUCUCCACGUGACCUCAAUGUCUUCGUCCCACUUAGGGAACGAUGCUACUCGAGGCGAUGGCAUUCAAGGACGUCAUUGUAACGGCUUAUUCCUUUGUGGGUGUGGUCGAUGACAAGCUCUCACCAAAGCACGUCCCUUUGUCAACACCCCCCUUUCCUUCGCUUAACCCUCUCCUUUCUUUGUCCUCCACCACAAACACCGGAUGCGUCGUUCAUAACCAUGCUAUCCUUUUUUCCACUCAAGUCAGAGGUGAACUUCGUUGCUCUCUAUCCGUCAUGUCAUUCUCUCAGAUAUAUCUCCAAACUUACAUACAGCUCACCAACCAUGGCACUUCUCCACUCCUCAUCCAAACUGUUUAUAUCACAGCUCACAUACAUGGCUCUGCCCAUCACCGCGCAAACGAACACAACCUCAAUCUCAAUUUCCUCUAAACCAACGGCUACCUUUACCACAAUAGCGUCCACAAUCUCUUCCUUAAUCUCGACUACCCCCAUACCAGCGACCCUCUCCUCUCUAAUACAAACCACCUCCUCUUCUCCAACUCCAGCACCAACAUACACCCCACCUCCCAAAUACACAAUCCCAACAACGCCGCUCUAUAUCGGCGUCGCAUUCGCCCUCCUAGCCUUCACUCUCCUAAUCUUCCUUCUCCUCCGCCUCGAAUCCUUCCUAUACCAGCGUCGCCAGCGCGCAAACCUUCUAUCCCCCAUCCCGCCAAAUCCUCACGACGGACUCCACACCCUCCACCUCCCCGAACUCGUACAUAAUACUGGAAGAAAGCAUAAGAAAGGGGAUAGAAGGAGCAGACUUGAAUUCCAGGAUGGACGGAGGUUUGGGGUCGUGGGACUGGAUUUUGAUAAUGGAGACGGCAAAGCGGACGUGCAGAGCGAGGAACAAGGGAAGAGGAACAGGGAAACAUUUGAGGUGUGGAAGAAAGCUCGGGGAUUUGGUACAGAUUGGAGGGACGAGGAUAUAAGGGUAGAUGAAACUGUGGAGGAGAGGGGAAGGAAAAGGGAGAGGAGAGAGACUUUUGAUGCGUGGAAGAAGGGUGUUGUUCAGCCUUUGAAGGCAGAGUACCGCGAACACUGGAAGAGGUGGCCGGGACCUAACGGAGGCAGAAACAAGUGCUUGGCGACGAUACCCGCACCAGUGGUACAAGACCCCCGAUCUGAGAAUCCAUCUGCAGAAUUCACGAUUCUGGCAGUUGGCUGCGGAUUUCCGAGGAAUCGAGACUAGAUUGAAAGGGGGAUACUCCGUGGCAGGAUCCCGCCGUCAUGUUUUGGGCCUCGAAGUAAUCCCAAAGGCGGUGGCAGUCAGAAAUCAGAAAUGAUGCCCAAAGAUAACUUCUUUGCCUCGGGCAAACCUGUCCCAGAACUCCUCACCUCGAAGAGUUAUCCCCGAUUCCGCAGUCCC